UCAGUCACUCGCUGGAAAUUACCGAGUCCCAAGUGUGUGAAUAUAAAUAAAUUUUAGUGCUCGGUUUAUUUUGUUUGACGAUGGAAUUGUGAUUCGGAUGAACUCUGCAAAGGCAUGAUUCAUUUAAAAAAAUGUAAUUAGCAUAGUCCGAGAGUCCGAGCGCUAUUUAAAUUUAUAAGUUCGGUGACUUUCUCGGGAGAAAUACGUGAUAGCGCAUGAGCAAGUGAUUUUUUUAGGGGGAUGAGAGACAGGCUGGCAGAGGGGGCUGUGGGGGAGGGCUUGAGGAGGGUUCAUAUGAUUAAUGAUCUACCUGACGAUUGUUUGAGAGAAAUUUUUCGGCGAUUGCCUAUUUAUCAGAGAGUUGAAAUUGAGAAAGUUUGCAAACGUUGGAAGAGAAUAGCGAAAACGUCUUGGCAUGAUUUGAAACAUCUUCCCUUCCUCCGGUUCUCUAACGGCAGCAUGGACUCAAAAACAAUUCACGAAGUGCAGAAGAACCCAAAUCUAAUGAAAAAGAUUAUCAAACGCUGUGGACACUUCCUGAGAGAAUUAAAAAUAGCGACACCAUGCGACCCUAUAAUUUUGUCAACAGCAGUUAAUAUCUGUUCCAACCUGAGCAAAUUGACUAUAGACGGUGGUAAUAUAGAGUGCAGAACAUCGCGUUCCAGUAAAAAGUAUCUUCUUCGUAAAUUGGACUUGAAUUUCGAGAGGUUCAUGAAACUCAAAUAUUUAUCACUGAAAAGUGUCUCGUCAAGCAGUAAUGUUUUGAAGUCAAUAGUGAUGAACCAAAAGUCUUUGACCCAUCUGUCUCUAUUUUAUUGUAAAAUGGAUGCUGAAAGUUUGCUGUUAAUAACAAAACUAGCCAAUUUAGAAGCCCUCCAACUAACACAUAGCAUCAUUGACAACGAAUGGUUGCGAAAAUUUAUUGAAAACUGCCGAAAGAUCAAGCACCUCGAUAUAAGUUAUACGGAGUCCAUCACAGAUUCCAGUGCAUUAGAUCUCGAAAAAUUGAAAAAUCUUGAGUGCUUAUCCAUCCAAGGCACAAGGGCAAUUACUGAUAAAUCGUUAAUGCAUUUGUAUAAUUUAAGAGAAUUGAACAGCAGUCGCUGUAAUAGUAUUUCAGAUCCCGGAAUAAUAAAUCUAAUAAGACAUGCUCCGAAUCUCAUGUUUAUGAAUCUGUAUGGCACGAAAAUAACGAAAAAAACCAUUGCAGAGGCUUAUACAAAAUGGCUGACAAUGGGAUUAAAUAAAGAAAAAUUCAGAAUAGCGGUCAGUGUAACAGCUCGAUGGAGUUGGAUGAACACUGGUGAGCCUUUUUCACCUCUUGGCAGGGAGGAAACUCGCUCGGAAAGUAUUUCUGUUUUUAAUUAAUUUUUCCUUUUUUGAGUCGAGACACUAAAUAUCACAGAUCGAGAUCAGUGGAUUUUUUAAUGUAUUUAAAUAUAUAGAAAAAAAAUGAGAGAAAAAAGCCAAGGGCAUUCAAAAAAACAUCCUAUGGAACUUUAAUUCUAUCCGUUAUUUUUUAAUAAGAUGUUCGAUAGAAAUAUUUUUUUUUAAUCUCUAUUUGUUAUAUACCAAUUCUUAGUUGAUGUGAACUACUAUACUUUUCAUAUUUUAUUCAACUCCAUUCGUGUGGAUUUUUUUAGACGAAUCCGCUCACAAUAAAUAUUGCAAAAUUGAAGCAUACAUUUACGAAUUCUACGACUGCGUCUCUACUUGACUGAUGAAAGUGAUAAAGUUAGAAACAUCUAUGAUUUUUUACAUACUAUUGUAUACUAAAUUUGUUUAUAAUCAAUUUGAUAUUGGUAUAAAUUACCUGGCAAAAAUAAAUUCUGAAAGUUGAUCGUUAAAUUUCUCAUGCCCCGGAUAUUUGCAUAAUACACAACGUAGUUGUUUAAUCCAAAUAAAAACUUUAUGCAUAGUGUUACUUCUAUGUCAGUCAAUUCCAUUCAUCUUUUUGUAUUACACCAACUCCUAGCCCAUUUUAAUUACAAGUUAGAAUUUGAUAUAUUACCUUUUUAAAAAAUCCUCAAUUUUUUGUAAGAAAAAUUAAUUUUUGUAUUGUUGAAAACUACUUUACAUACAAGUAAUAUCAUCUUGACUCAUCACUGUUUUCGUAGAAUAAAAUUUUAAUUUUCAAUUAAAAUUACCAUGAUCUACAAGUAGUUGAAACAAAAAUAAUUUUUAGCUUUUGAGAGAUAUAAAAACUCAUCUAAAUAUUAAAAUUAUUAAACAUAAAAGAUAAUAUUAUAAAUUAAUA